AUGUCGCAAGAAACAAUAUCAGGAUAUGAUAUUUUUCUUACUUUGAUAGACAUGUUGUUCCUGUUCGUUUUGCCAUCAGAAGGACGUUCAUUACACGUGAGACACUGUCAGCAACCUGACGAUAUAGAGGAGGCUUUUAAUAAUCUCAGGAAUCAAUUAGAUCUAACCGUACUAUCGAAUACAGAAAGUACGGAAAUCAUACCAUGUCCUUCUCAAACGUUGAGUCAUCAUGGCGAUCCUCAAAGACUGCGCUCUACUUGUCCCUGGAUAUGGGAAGCAAAUACAGACAACACAAGAUAUCCACAAAAAAUUUACAAUGCCCGUUGUAUAUGUAGAAAAUGUAUAGGUUCAUCAACAAAAUAUCAUUGUGAAUCUAUUUUUACACGUGUGAAGGUUUUUAGAAUUCUGAACUGUGUAAAUGGUUUACUUCGAUACGUUCAAGAUGAACAACGUGUUAGUGUAGGGUGCACGUGUGCCCAUAAAAGAACACACCAUAAUUCAUAG